GUGAGCCUCAAAGCAGGAGCUCUGAAUCGACCUCUCCUCUGAGGACUGACUGCUGCUGCCACCGCCAACCUCUGUCCACUGCCCAGACCUGUCACUGUGUUGCCCCUCGGCAGGGGCAGCAGAAUGAAAGAAGGCAUGUCCAAUAACAGCACCACGAGCAUCUCCCAAGCCCGGAAAGCCGUGGAGCAGCUGAAGAUGGAGGCCUGCAUGGACAGGGUAAAGGUCUCCCAGGCAGCCGCGGACCUCCUGGCGUACUGUGAAGCCCACGUGCGGGAAGACCCUCUCAUCAUUCCAGUGCCUGCAUCAGAAAACCCCUUUCGAGAGAAGAAGUUCUUUUGUACCAUUCUCUAACUCCAUUUGUGGUGAAAAUGUCUCCUUUUCCAUCCACAAAAAUUCCCUGUAGAGAACCGUGCAUGCUCUAAGCCCCAGGGAGCGCUACCCACACCCAUCUCUGCCUAACCCGUGGUGGCCGGGGCUUGUCCCGUUUUCUCACUUGUUUUCUUUGUGGCAUUCGUUCAUUUUUUUUCUUUUCAUUUUCGUGUUAUUUUCAUUAUUGGCAAAGAAAAUAGACAUUUGUAUAGCCAAAUAACAAAUAUGCCAUGUAAAAAUAAGUAUGGAUGUAAGGGUUUAAAAAUUUUAAACAUCAAUUCCCAGGCUUAAAUGUAUCACGUUAAUACAUUUCACGGGAUAACUUA